GGUCACCGGCUGAGGAUGGGAAACCACGUGGGAAAGAGAGAGUCGAGUGCGGAGAAAGCCAGUAAGGACGGUGACGCUCACAGAGGAGAGCCCAGGAAGAGACGGCAUCUUGGCGAGCUCGCCCAGGCGUCCUCGGAAGACAACGAGGUGUUCGGAGAGGCAGAUGCGAGCCAGGACAAUGGGCCCUCGUCUGAGGACACGGCGGUGACAGACUCCAAGCGCACAGUGGACCCAAAGAAUGCCUGGCAGGAUGCCCACCCAGCUGACCGAGGAAACCGCCCCCACUUGAUCCGCCUCUUUUCCCGAGAUGCCCCGGGGAGGGAGGACAACACCUUCAAAGACAGGCCCUCGGAGUCCGACGAGCUCCAGACCAUCCAAGAAGACACUGCAGCAGCUUCCGAGAGCCUGGAUGUGAUGGCGUCACAGAAGAGACCCUCUCAGAGACACGGAUCCAAGUACCUGGCCACAGCAAGUACCAUGGACCAUGCCAGGCAUGGCUUCCUCCCGAAGCACAGAGACACGGGCAUCCUUGACUCCAUCGGGCGCUUCUUUGGUGGUGACAGGGGUGCGCCCAAACGGGGCAAGGUACCCUGGCUAAAGCAGAGCAGGAGCCCUCUGCCCUCUUAUGCCCGCAGCCAGCCUGGGCUGUGCAACAUGUACAAGGACUCACAUGCAGCAAAGACUGCCCACUACGGCUCCCUGCCCCAGAAGUCACAGCAUGGCCGGCCCCAAGACCAAAACCCUGUAGUCCAGUUCUUCAAGAACAUCGUGACACCACGCACGCCACCUCCAUCGCAAGGAAAGGGCAAAGGACUGUCCCUCAGCAGAUUUAGCUGGGGGGCCGAGGGGCAGAAGCCAGGAUUUGGCUAUGGAGGCAGAGCUUCUGACUAUAGAUCGGCUCACAAGGGAUUCAAGGGGGCCCACGACGCCCAGGGCACGCUUUCCAAAAUCUUUAAGCUGGGAGGAAAAGACAGCCGCUCCGGAUCCCCCAUGGCGAGACGCUGAAGCCCUGCCUCCUUGUUCCAGACCCUGUCCUCCGCUUCUUAACCUAACCGCCUUAAACCUUAAUUCCAUGUGCAUGGACUAGCUAGUUAGAGCAGACCACCCUCCUAACCCCGUGGAGCUGUGCGGGCAGCAGGCCAGGCACUCGGCACCCACUGCCCAUUUCUGACCCCUAGUUAAAUGCAAAAAAUGGAAACAAAAAAGUUCAAAACUGUCACAUUUCAUUUAAAGAUGAGCUUCCUCGGGGUCUUCGCUGCCCUGUACGUGGCCCUGAAGCUUAGGGGUCUGCUCUCUGUAGGUCGAGGCCCGUGGUGUCCCCCUGGUUUACCCAACUCCACCCCUAGACUUUCUUUUUGCCGGGAUAGCGCUGCCCCUUGAAGCUUUCGCCGCGGGCACUGCCGUGGAGCCAGAGAACAGGGCGUGGGACUGUUGAUCCGAGCUCCUUGGUUUCCUUCCCCUGCCCUCUCCCGCCUCCUAAAGCACCCUUUACGUUUCCUAACAGGAUUAGACAGUCCAGGAGUGGCUUACUACACAGGGAGUUUUUGGUACGUGGACGCAGGCUGGGCAGCUGAGAGAGACCAGUGUGGGGCGGUGCAGAGACGGGGGCGCCUCCAGGCCGGCCCCCCACACCCCACCUGCAGAAUCCGAGCGCGGCAGAGGGAGGGAGAGGAGGCACGCGGGCUGGCGAGGGCCCCAGGCAGGAAACGGGAACUUGGGGAGUCAGGCACUGGGGAUGUCGUGCAGGUGGCCCCGGAGCAGCCACUGUGAAGAGCUGCUUCCUCCCCAGAGCCCAAGGAGAGGCAGGAGACUGUGCAUCUCAGAGUGCGACUGCAGGAGUUCUCUGGGCGGCCUCACAGGGUCACUUCGGCCACUAGCAUUGGGCGUGGCCAGCGUGGCUCACACUGGCAGUGUCCAUGGGCACACACUAACCCGCAUGAGAAUAUAACCUUCCCCUCGUUCCCCGCCUAGAAAUGCCCGUCCUCUGGGAGUGUGCCCGUUCCUGAAGGACUAACCUGACGCGGGGCUGGCCUGGCCGGCCUCGGGAGGAGGAGCUCUGCGCACCCUCCUGCCCUGCCCUGCCCACUCCCCUCUUGAUUUAGCUUGUCUUCAGACCCGUCCCGAGCCCCACACUGGCAUCACCUCCUGUACAGCAGAGACAGGGAGGAGCCCGAUGCCCACCUGUCUCUUCUUAAUCCCACUCUAAUUCUGAAUGCUCAGUGUGGGUCUAUCUAAUGCCUAUUAACACCAGCCUCCGCCACGAGAGGGUAAGAGAGACAGCAGCCCCAUCCCUGAAACAAACCCUCCAACGGUCCCCUGGAGCGCUGACCUCUCUGGGCAGUGCAGGCUGCGUGACCUCCAUCCAUGGCUCUGUCCACUCAGCGGGUGCCGCGGAGAUGGGGCAACGGGGACCUCAUUCUUGAAUAUGGAAAUAAAAUAAUGCACUUGCAGCCGUC